CAUUGCUGCUGUUCUCGUACGUAUGAUACUUCGUUCUUCAUUACAUUUUUCUUGAUCUUUUAAUGCAGGCUCUUCCGUUUGAUCAAUUAAACCAAGUACAAAAUGCUCUUAAGCCUAAUGACGAAUCUCAAGCAAAUUCACAAGGAAAUAAUAGCAAUAAUGGCAGUGAUGAAAAUCACAGUAAUAAUGACAACAGUGGUAGCCAAGAUUUGUCCCAUGUUGUGGACAAAAGCUUUAAAAUUGUCGAUGACUUGCACAAGUUUGUAGGAUCCAUGGAACAUAUGCUGGAAAAUCAAUUGAAAAAAGUAACAAACGGCUCCGCACAUCUUUUGGAACAAAUAAAACAACAGGUCACUAAAGUUAUUACCGAUAUUGGGAACAAAACACAAGAACAUUUUCAACAUCUCCAUAACAAACUCGAUAAACUGGAAGAAGAUGCCUCGAAGGCAAAGAAUAUCAUUAAACACGAAGUAGAGGACAUCAUCAAGAACGUUACCAAUACGCUUGACAAUCUGGAGAAUAAAAUAAAUAAUACAUUAAGACAUGUUAACGAAAAGACUUCCGAAAUCGUAAACCACGUGAGGAAUGUUACAGAAGAAAGAGUACAGGAAUUUAUAAAUAAAACAGCCCAAGCUAUGGCACAAGCGAGACAUACUGCUGAAGAUAUUGAAGAAAAAACUGCUAAGAUUUUAAACAAAACAUUGUCCGAGUUAAGAAAAGAGGCUCACAAUCUUUUGAACAAUACCAAAAAAUUUAUUCAUGAUGUAAUUAAUGAAAUUGAAAACCAAAUUCACGAUAUCCUCGAUAAUAUGAAUGCUUGCAUCUUACGGAAGAUCUGUGCGAUAUAAUUUACGAUGUUUCGGAAGAUUCUAAAUCUCUAUUAGACACUGCAAAGAAUAAUGUUCAAAAUAUUGUCGGUGCUAUUGUUAAUAACACUAACGAUGUUGUUGAACAAACAGUUAAUAAUGUUAAAAGUGUUGCUUCUGGCAUUUUCCAUGAUGUCCACUAUGUCGUAAAAUUUGGAAUAGAUAAUAUGAGGGAUAAUAUAAAAAACGCAUUCAACGUUACACACCAUAUCCAUGACAAUGUUCAAGACACUAUUGCUAACAUUAUAGAUGACGCAGAGGAUAGAGCAUCCCAUAGUUUUAAGAUAAAUUUAAUACAUUUUUAAUAUCAAAAUGUUCAGCAUAUUAUGUAUUUCUAUAUCUUAUGUUACAAAAUAUUUCAUUUUUACUUCCGUAAUUAUUCUUUAUAUUUAUGUCUAGUUCCCAUUUGGUAUCUAAGUAAUAAAUAUAGGCUACUGCAUCUUAAAUGGAAUCAGGAAAUCGAUGAUUGGAAAUUACUAAACAAAUAAAGUAGUUUUCAAUUUAUAAACAAGCAGCAGUAGUAAAGA